AGAGCAAACCCCCAAAACCCGAAAAGCCCUCUUCAGUUCUUCAUCUUCUUGAACAAACAUGGUUUCUGCAACAUCAGCCUCCACGAAUCUUGCUCUUUCCCACUACAUUCAUCCAGAACUUUUCUCAACUCAUCCACCAAUUUCGAUCGCUUCUACCCUCUUUCCCAAACUGCCACAUCCAUCAAGAUUUACUUUGUUCGCCCUGUCUUCCAAACACUAUUCUCCAUGUCCAACUCCGACAUCUGCGGUCCGCCCACAUAUUCGUUCUUCUUUCUCUCCACUAAAGAACAUCUCCAACUUCUGCACGGAAAAGGCUGUAGCCGUGCUUAUCGGUUCAUUCGUUUUGAUGGGUUACAUCGGUGCUAGGCCAGUAUUGGCGACACCUUUGCAGAAAACCAGUUAUGUUGAAAAGAUGGAAGAGGUGAGAAGAACAGAGAAUAACGAUGGGGAUGAAGAGACUAUGUGUGAGAAAUUGGUGGAGCAGAACCCGAGUGAUGUUGAAGCAUUGAAAAGAGUUUUAUAUUGUAAAAUGAGGAAAGGGAAGACGACUGAAGCUAUUCGGUAUGUUGAAAAGCUGAUUGAUCUUCAACCAAAAGAGGUCGAGUGGCGAGUCCUGAACGCCCUUUGUUACGAGAUUGCUGGGAUGUUUAGCACAGCUAAGAGAUUAUUCAAGCAAAUUUUAAAGGAGAGGCCUUUACAUCUAAGAGCUUUACAUGGUCUGGCAAUGACAAUGCACAAGAACCAUGAAGGACCAGCUGUCUUUGAGAUGUUGAUUAAUGCUCUCCAGUUAGCUCGUCGGAAGAAAAGAGUCACUGAAGAGAGAAACAUUAGAAUUCUAAUUGCUCAGAUGCAUGUCGUGAAGGGAGAAUUGGAGGAGGGUUUGAAAGAUUUCCAAAGUCUGGUUGAUGAGAACCCUCGGGAUUUUAGGCCUUAUCUUUGUCAGGGCAUAAUUUAUAGUUUGAUGGGUAAAACGAAGGAAGCCCAAGAACAUUUCGAGUUGUAUCGAAGUAUGGUACCGGAAGAAUUUCCAGAGAGGGGAUUCUUGGAUGAAGUCGUACUUGAAGCGAAAAAUAAAUCAAGGGACCAGCUGAAGAAAGAGUUCAAUGUUAAUUUCUCUAACAAGAAUCAAUAGGAACUAUUACAAUUUGGAUUUAAGAACUUUUGAGUUCUUGUAGAGGUAUGAAUAGUCCCCCCACCCCCUUAGGGGAGUUUGAUUUAUUAGGCUUUUCAUUUUCUGAGUUGUUGUGAAAACUGGGUAGUUGUGGUGUGUACAUAAAGGCUAGUUUGAUUGCUCAAUUUUACAAGACCAAUAUCUCUUUUUUGGCUAUUUUUGUAAUUUUCUUUUAUGAAUAGAGUGUUUAGAUCAGUUUACAUACU